AUGUUCCAACAGCUCCAGAAGAAGGACAUGGACCUGGACAUUGUGUCCAACAAUGACCUAAAGUGGGAGCUGAACAUCAAGUCCCUCACCAAGAAAGCCCAGCAGAGGAUGUACUUCUUGCUACGACUGAAAAAAUACAACCUGCCAAAGACAAAGAUGGUGCAGUUCUACUUCUCCAUCAUUGAGUCCAUCCUCUUCCAUCACCAGAUGGUGAUCCUCUUCCAUCACCAUCUGGACUGUGGUGCUGAUUGUGCCAAAUUCCAGAAAAGUGAGUUGGAGGUGAGGUUUAACAAGCAGGCCUUGGAGCGUCCAUACACCUCCAAGAACUCCUGGGGGAAAACUUAUGGUGAGCAUAAGCGCCACCUAGAGUUCAGCCAUGAGCAGUACAGGGAGCUGCAGAAAUAUGCAACAGAAGUGGGGAUCUUCUUCACUGCCUCAGGGAUGGACGAGAUGGCUGUGGAGUUUCUCCAUGAAAUUAAUGUCCCUUUUAUCAAAGUAGCAUCUGCAGAUGCUGAUAACUUUCCAUAUCUUGAGAAGACAGCCAAGAAAGGCCGUCCCAUGGUUGUGUCCACUGGGAUGCAGUCAAUGGAGACAAUCCGUCAGGUGUACAAGACAGUGAAGCAGCACAAUCAAAACUUCACCAUCUUGCAGUGCACCAGCACAUACCCUCUGGACCCUGAAGAUGUCAACCUCAGAGUGAUCACGGAAUAUCAGAAGGAGUUUCCAGAUAUUCCCAUUGGAUAUUCGGGUCAUGAGACUGGAAUCGCAAUCUCAGUGGCAGCGGCAGCUCUGGGAGCUAAGGUGAUUGAGCGACAUGUAACGCUGGAUAAAACUUGGAAAGGCAGUGAUCAUGGGGCAUCACUGGAACCCUCUGAACUGGCUGAGCUGAUUCGCUCCAUUCGUCUGGUGGAGAAGGCCAUGGGAAGUAGAAUCAAGCAGAUGGUGAAGAUCCCCAAAGGAACGGUCCUAACUCUGGACAUGUUGGGGGUUAAGGCGGCUGAGCCAAUUGGAAUCCCAGCUGGGGAGAUCUUCAAGCUGGUUGGGAAGACUGUGACCCAGGAUGUAGAGGAGGAUGCGAGCGUCCUGCCAAACAUGGUGGGGAACUAG